CAUGGUAUGGUUCAUGUCCAGGAUUAAAGGUAUUGGUUCUAUAUUCUUCAGAAGAUGCACGAGGCAUGCUGAAAGCUGCUAUAAGGGAUCCAGAUCCUGUCGUGUUCCUUGAAAAUGAAUUGUUAUAUGGAGAUUCAUUUCCUGUCUCGGCUGAGGCCCUUGAUUCCAGUUUCUGUCUUCCUAUUGGGAAAGCUAAGAUAGAACGUGAAGGAAAUGAUGUAACAGUCAAUCACUGCUUUCUCGAAGAUGGUUGGCUAUGCUCUAAAGAUGAAGAGGAAGCUGGCGAAAGUUAAUCGGGCUCUGGGGAGCCCGACUUCUUGAGGAGGAGGAAGAGCUGAGAAUAAGGGAGCUGAUGAUGCUGAUGCUCAGAAACAUCAGAUGCUAAGAAAACAUCAAAGAAAAAGAAAGGUCUCACGAGUGAAGUUCUCAACAAUGAGAGGUUUACAGCUAUGUUUGAAAAUAAGGUAUUUCAUAGAGGUUCUGUUUAUGCAAAAAACUUGUUCUUCUUGAUUGCUGCUGAUAGUUAUGAUCAACCAAGUAGUACCUUGUUCCCAGGGAUUUGUGAAAUAGUUGGAACUUUAAUAACCUCUGGACAGUAAGUAAUAUAGAGACACUUGAAAAUGCACAAGAAAUGAUAAUCAUUAUACAUAUCUUUAGUGCAAAGAAUCACUUUUGGGAGCAAUGAGAUACAGAUAUAUCGGCUGGUCACGGGCUUGAGUAUUAACCGCCUUUAUCCUCUGAAAUUUAGGCUACAUCAUUGGGAUAUCUCUCAAAUUAGCGUGACAACCUUUAACAAGAGAUUGAAUUCAUUGUGACAAUAGUCUUAGAUUAGUCAGGGAAUUAAUUUGUUGGAAUGUGGAUGUGUGGACACUGAAAAUUAUUAUUUGGGGGUUGACAAUUUUUAAUGAACACUGAAACUUGUGAAGGAAGUUAGUGUCUUGAGAAAAAUAUGCGAAUUAUCCUGUAGUAGCACUUGAAUUUUCUGAUUGUUGUCUUGUCUUAUCCCUUAGAUUAAUAGGAAUUUUUGGUAUAAGUCGAGAUAAGUAGGUGAAACUAGCACUAGUGGCAUAUUAAAAAAAAAAUUGUGUGAAGUAUGUUCCAUUGACCGCAUCAAAUAAGCAAUGUUCAAGAAUCAGCACAAAAGCCUUUGUGUGAGCUUUUGGGCCAAAGCACUUUCAUCUAAAUAGUGCUCCUACAUUUCUUUUGAUUGAGGGCAUCAAACUUAGUGUGUCCAUUCUAGAACUUGCUUGUGUAAUACAUUUUGAGUUCACAUUCUUGUAAGAUUGGUGCAUGAAAGUGAUAAGGGCAGUUAGGAAUACCCCAUUGACCACAAAAGAGCCUACCUUGAAUUCACCC